CUACUACCAACACGCGUACGGGGAGAACUUACCACCUACCUAUACAACUCUAGUCUUCAAGCCAGAACAACAACUACAAUCCAUAAUCAUGCUUCAUCCACCCACCCCCAAGACCACUCAGCACCUCCGAAACGAACCAUCAUGGAAACCCCAUACAUAACCCCCCUCAUAAAGUUCACUCACACAGACCUCGCGGCAAAAGGUCUCCGCAAACGCGACCCAAACGCCGCCAGAGGACCACCCAUAUACUUCACUGCGGCAGAGAUCGUGCGCGAUAAUCGCCUUACCCUGAUCGAAGGCCCCACUGGCACUGGAAAAACCACUUUCGCGAAGCACCUCUGUUCCGCCAUCUCAAAAGAUGGAAGAGUGGGCCCGACGGCAGUGUUGCGCAACGAGGAAGGGCUCGCGCUGGAAGAGCGCUGGGACUGUACAAAUGUUGAAGCGCGGUAUUUCGAUGCGCAAGACUUGGGUGGGAUGGUAAAGAUGGGGGAGGAUUUGCAUGCGUUAUGGGGUGCUGCGGUGGCGGGGAAACACGAUGAGGGUCGGGAGGUGUUGUUUGUGGUGGAUGGCGUGGAAUUCCUUGAGGCUACGCAUCUGGCUACCAUCGUGAAGACGGUGAGAGAGGCCCAGAAUCUCAGACUCUUACUGUUGAGGGGCUUGGACCCUGUCGGAAGUCGAUCGUGGGUGUAUGGCCGUGAUGUUCAGAGAUUCAGCAUGCUGCCUUUGCUGGAAUCACAGAGGAGGCGGACAGUGGGCGACCUGUUCAAGUUGGAUGCUGCGGAAGUGACAGUGGGAACUGGUGUAGCGGCUGCGCUGCCUGUUCACUUUACUUUGGCUUUGGAGACGAAGAACCGUGGUGAUAGCCCAGAAGAGCUGGUCGACGCGUGGCUAAGUGAAAGGGGGGAGAGAGCUACCGUGGAUCUAAAGGCAGCUUUCGACGUCUUAGAAGCGACCAGUAAAACAUCAAAACAAGCACAACCAACCAAAACGGUAGAAUUACCACCUUUUGCUAAGCAUAAGGCGAUACAGCAGCUCUUAGCCGCCCGGCAUCUUCUGGGACAGCCUUUGGAGGCAGCGGUCUCGCUUUUCAGUUCGUCACCCUCUACUUGGUGGGAGGUCCUCGCCAGCAUGUCUCGGCGUCUUCAUUUGAGCGAGGAGUCCGCCAAUCUCAUCGAGAAAUUGGUCAACAUCUCAGCGGAUCAUACGCAUGUGGGCGCACUACUGGCCGCCAAAACUCUACAGGACACAGAAUAUGGCUUUUGCCGAGAGACAAUCAUCAGCCAUAUGCUCACUAUCCUCGACAUGGACAUCCCAAUUCAUCUCCGCGAAGAAGCGGGAGCAGUACUCUCCCGUCUCGGCGAUCCUCGAGACCUGACUGCCCUCGCGACCAUCCCCGUCGGCAGAUUCACCAUGGGCUCAUGGGCAAGCCCCGACACCCAGCCCGUCCAACUAAUGAAGGUCACUAAGCCAUUCAAGAUCGGAAUCCACCCAGUCAUCAACUCCGCGUACGCCAAAUUCAUCAAGGAAACAGGCCGUGAGUGGAAAAGCGAAGUCGGUAAACACCCUCAACACCGCAAUGUGCCCGCCACAGACGUAUCCUGGUACGACGCUCAAGCCUACUGCAUCUGGCUUACAAGUGCGUGGCGCAAAAGCAAACGCAUCGACGAAGACGAAUACGUGCGGCUACCCACAGAGCCAGAAUGGGAGUACGCAGCACGCGGAAGCAAACCUCACCCCAACAAAUUCGCACAUGCCUACCCCUGGGGCCCGGAAUUCGUGACCAACUGGGAUCAAUGUGCCAAAGACUUUAUCGACUCCGCAAAUUUCGCUGAUACAGGGUUCGAUCGUCCCGUCGCGGUUGGCCUUUUCCCCCGCGGCAUGUCACCUUUCGGCUGCUUCGAUAUGGCUGGCAAUGUGUGGGAGUGGUGCAGCACCAUCUGGGGCGACCACACUAGACAUCGCAUGUUUUUGUAUCCGUACAUCGCCGACGAUGGACGCGAAGAGCUGGAUGCGGAUUGGGCUCUCAGGAGGGUCUUGAGGGGUGGUAGUUUCGCUGCCCCUGCGGAGAAGAUCUCGGUGUCGUAUCGCGGGCACUUGGAGCCUGGGGAUAGUUGGCGCGGAAAUGGGUUCCGGAUCGUGGUUUCCAAGGUCUCGGAUUAG